AUGGGUAUACCCCUGAAUGAUACAAACAUUUACACCUUACAGUUUGCGGAUGAUCAGAUAAUAGUCGCAAGAGACAAAGAAGAUCUGGAAUACAUGACACGCAAACUGAAAGAAACAUAUGAAUAUUGGGGAUUAGAAAUGAACCUGGAAAAAACUAAAUACCUUUGUAUAGGAGACGAAAAGAGUGUACUAGAUAUUGGAGGUGCAGAAGGCAUACAACCUUGCGAGGAGUACAAGUAUUUGGGAGUGAGGUUCGACACAAGCGGCACAGAUGACAAUGAGAUAAGAUCUAGAGUAACAGAGGCAAGAAAAGUGAUUGGCUGUUUGAAUGGAAUAUUGUGGAGCAAAAACAUAACUAGAUCACGAAAGUUCAACAUCUACAAUACAAUGAUCAAAACCAAUGAACAUAUGGGUCCGAGACAUGGAGACUGA